AGUAAGUUCUCAGAAGAGCUGAUUCUCCCUAGUAAUGAGGAUUGGGGGGCAGGGUGAUUCAUAGAUCCAGCUGUGUGACCCCCGGCAACUCUCCCACAAGUAGCCACUUUGUAGGGGUUAGGCGGUCGUGCAGGAGAUAAGUAUGUAAGCACGUUGUGAAUGCUGUUAGGGUUGCCUGACAUUCUUAGAGUAAAAGCUGAAUUCUUCACCAUGGCCUCCAAGGCCCUAAAUGACCAAGCUCCUCCCUCCCACAGUCUUAACAGCACUCAGCGUGGGACACCACACACUGUAAAUUCUUGAUGCGGAGUAACUCUUCUUCAUAAGCUCCCUUUGUGGGUGGGUGGUGUUUCCAUCCCUGUUUUCCAGAGGAAGAAAUUGCGGCACUUGAAGUUAGCGGGAUUUGAAUCUGGGCAGCCACUGUGGCUCCCCUUCCCUCCCAGACUCUGCAAGUCCGUCCUGACCUGGGGUCUUGGCACAUACACUGCCUCCGCCAAGGACACUCUUGUCGCAGAUGCUUCAAAGCCUUAUUAAAAAUGUUUGGAUCCCCAUGAAGCCCUACUAUACCCAGGUUUACCAGGAGAUUUGGUUAGGAAUGGGGUUGAUGAGUGUCAUCAUUUAUAAAAUCAGGAGUGCUGAUAAAAGAAGUAAAGCUUUGAAAGCUUCCAGUCCUGCGCCUGCUCAUGGCCAUCAUUGACCGGCUGUACUUGGAGCACACGUCCGAUGGGAGCAUCAGUCUGUUUGUAAAUCUCAGCACGCUGUUAGAUGGGAACGUGGAGCGCCGCCGUACACUUGUAGAUGUGUCCCCUGUGGCGUGAAUAAAUGUACCUGAGGUGCACCACUGCCCACA